GCUACCGGUACCGCCACCGCCACACGUGAAGAAUACAAGUCGCAUUUUUCUUCUCACUUUCUCACCGAUCAGUUCACUGAUUCCCAUCGGAAUCGGCAGUCUGAGAUAGCGUAGAACGCUUAGUAUCAUCUGCAGAAGAAGGUCGGAGGAAAAUCAGAAAAUGUUGGGGAAGGCCUUAUUGGCUGCACUGAUAUCGCUAGUGGCUGCAUCUGCUACUGAUCCAUAUAGCAGAGAUGAUUUCCCGCCUGACUUCUUCUUCGGCGCAGCAACUUCAGCUUUUCAGGUUGAAGGUGCAGACGAUGAAGAUGGAAGGACUCCCAGCAUAUUCGAUACCUACGCCCGCACUGCAUAUGGCAUGUCUGGAGGCUAUGGACAUAAAUCAUGCGAUCAAUAUCACAAAUAUAAGGAAGAUGUGGCAUUGAUGGCCAAAAUGGGAUUAAAUGCAUACAGAUUUUCCAUAUCGUGGUCAAGACUUAUUCCAAAUGGAAAAGGACCAGUCAAUCCCAAGGGGCUGGAAUAUUACAACAACCUUAUCGAUGAACUCAUCAGCCAUGAUAUUCAGCCACAUGUUACAUUACAUCACAGUGACUUGCCACAAGCACUUGAGGAUGAGUAUGGAGGAUGGCUUAGUCGCAGAGUAGUGAGAGACUUCAAAACCUAUGCAGAUGUGUGCUUCAGAGAAUUUGGAGACAGAGUUAAAUACUGGACCACAAUGAACGAACCAAAUAUAUUUGUGAUUGGGGGCUACGAUUCUGGCUUCCUACCUCCGCAAAGAUGUUCCACGUCCUCUAUAAGUAAUUGCUCUAAGGGAAAUUCUUCCACUGAGCCAUAUAUUGCAGCUCAUAAUAUUUUGUUAUCGCAUGCUGCAGCUGCUUCAUUGUAUAGGAAAAAGUAUCAGGGGAAGCAGCAUGGGUUUAUUGGGAUUAAUAUCCUAACUUUUGUUCUUUUACCUCUAACAAAUAGUACUGAAGAUUUAGGUGCCACUGAAAGGGCAAAGGACUUGCUAAGUGGUUGGUUUUUGAAUCCCAUAAUGUUUGGAGACUACCCUGACAUGAUGAAAAAGAAUAUAGGCUCCAGGCUUCCUUCAUUCACCAAAACUGAAUCAAAUAUAGUGAAGGGCUCAAUUGAUUUCCUUGGAAUAAAUUAUUACUACACAUCUUAUAUUAAGAACAGCCCUCAAAGCCAAGCGGAGGGCGGUGGCAUUUUUGCGGAUGUUGCUGUGGAAAUGAUAGAGAAUAUAUUUAAUGCUACAGCAAUGCCUAGGGAUUUGCAAAAGGCAGUGGACUCGUUGGAGCAAUCUUAUGGCAAUAUUCCCCUUUACAUCCAUGAAAAUGGUCAAGUAACACUACGUAACUCGUCAUUGGAUGAUUGGCCAAGGGUGAAGUACUUGCAUGGCCACAUUAAGGACGUGCUUGAUGCUUUGAGGAAUGGAUCGAACGUGAAAGGCUAUUUUGUAUGGUCUUUGUUGGAUUUGUACGAGUUGCUGGGUGGAUAUAAAAUCAGUUAUGGACUAUAUUAUGUAGAUCUGAAUGAUCGGGAAUUGAGAAGGCAACCUAAACUCUCUGCUAAAUGGUACGCGAAUUUUCUGCACAGAAGGACUAUUGAUCCAAAGGUCAUCAUAGAACUAAAGAAGAAUGCACCAAUGCCCUCUCUGCAUAAUGUCAUCUAAAGACAAUUUGCUUGUGCCCUAGAAUAAUUUUGUCAUAUGUAAGAAUGAAGUUUCACGAUGUAUUAUUAGAUUAUAUAUCCACUAAUUGGAUCACGAACUGAUACUAUGAAUCAUUAAAUACUGUUUCUAUC